GUAAGUUUUUAAAUUUCUUAAAAAGUGUAGAAUUUUUGUUAAAGUUUGGGAAUUUUUGGGUUUCAAACUUUUUCGAAAGUGGCCAGUUUGCCAGUUUAAGAAAUUUUAGUAAUUUUUUUUAAAAAAAUUGGAAAUUUUCACAUGACAACAAUGUCAGUUUAGAGGACGCUAUAAUUUAUGUCUACUGUAAAUAACUUCUUUUUAAUAUGUGUGUGGAUCUGGAAUAUCAUACAUUUAUACAUGUACUUCCAAUGUAUUAACAGCUUCGCAGUUUAUGACGAUGAUCAUGACAUAGGCAAUAACAUGCAUCGCUACUGAUUACCGCGUGAGGCGAUAAACAGAACAUCAGACGAAUGAGAAUUUUUUUUUUGAGAAUUUGGUGGAUGUAAAUCUUGGACUGAGGACAAAAAUAUUAGGGAAAUCGAAACAGCGAAAAUUAAAUAUUUAAGUGUCCACGGAUGAAAAAGAUCAGACAAAAAUUGAAAGCGACUGUUUCAAAUGAAAGAGAUAUAAAAAUAACACAGGUAUGAAAUCGAAAUAACCUUGAGCGCAAACCGCGAAAAUAAGAAAGAAACGAUAAUCAAUAGAAAUUUUAUCCCAGUGACUUAUUUGUUUGAGAUGAAUAACAACUUUUUAUCUAUUAAUACACGGCGAAGAAAGAUAACAGAGCAGUAAUUUAAUUGAGAUACAAUGCAUGUGGCACUUUUCUGACGAUACUUGUGAGAAAUACGUUCGCAGUACGAGCGCAAUAAAGUAGUAGUUAGUAGCGGCAAUGCAGUAAAUAUGUCCGAGAAAAGCAAAUCAAAGUCUUCCACUGGAGACGAUCCAAAUGAUGACAGCAGCAGGAAAGGUGACGAGGUCAAAGUUCAUGAAGCUAUAAGCUCUUUGCGUGAACUUGUUUUAGGUGAGAGGAACCUCAAAGUGAGGACGGAUGACAGCUUCAUGCUUCGAUACUUGUGGGCAAAUGAGUUCAAUCCGAAAGAAGCAUUCGACAAGAUGGUGAAAUUCUACAAGUUUAAGGCCAAGCACGAGAAAUACUUCUGUAGCAAAUCUCCUUCGGAGUACAAGGAACUUCUUUCGCAGAAAUUCUUCACAAUUCUGCAGGAUAGAGAUCACAGUGGACGACGUUUGCUUUUGGCAAAAAUGGGUGACAUCGAUACCAAAACGACUUCCCUUGUGGAAUGCAUCAGACUAAAUGACUUGUGGAUGGAACUGGUAAUGGACGAAGAACAAAGCCAGAAGAAUGGAAUCGCGCUCAUUCUGGACGUAGGAGGUCUUCCUAUGCGGCUCUUAAAGUUCCUGUCACCUAAAGCUGUAAUCAUAAGCGCGCAAAAGGAGGAGGUAAUAGACGACUACAAUUCUCAAUAAAUUUCUGUGUCUAACAGACAAUUCGACGUGUCAUGGGCCAUCUUCUUAAAAUGGUGAUUUUACAUUAUAAUUUAAAAUCUUUACUCUGCCUCUAUCAACACGAUUUCAAGUGUGGAAGAUCAAGUGAAUAUUCUAUGUUGGGGUGUUCUAUCAGACUACACCGCGCAACGUCCUAGACGACAGUCAUAGUCCUAAGUUUUUCUCUGAAAUCUAAUAGCUAUAAAGACGUACUGAAA